AUGGUCAACCACGGCGCGUCUCGCGCAUGCGCCGAGUGCAAAGCAAGACACAAGCGAGCUUGUAGGCGAUGCACUGAGGCAAGCCGACCCUGUCCUGGAUACAUCGACGACUUUACGCUCUUCUUGCGCCCCUAUCAGGCUCCAUCAGAACAGAAACCAGCUCUAACCACACCUUCGUGGUCUUCACGACAGGACUUCGAGGUGCCUGAUGCACGCCGAAGUGAAGCACAGUCCGAUGGCCCACUUGAGCCUUUUUUCAAUGAUUUCUGCCUUGCGUCAGUAGAUCGAAAGGUCUCCCGCGGUUUCUUUGACGGCCUGAGAGAUAUUGUGAUAUCUGCCGGGCAACAGUCAGAUCUCGCACAGGCCGCCGUCAUUGUAGGCAGCGCAGCUGUCUCGAACAGAUCCCGCAAUGCUCUGCUAGCUGAAAGUGCUCAAGAUCGCUAUGUCACACUACUGGAAUCCUUUGGUCGCACUGUCGCUUGCCAAUCUUCUGUCAACACAGUGGAAACAUUGAUGACAUGUGUUCUUCUCGGCAUCUACGAAGUAUUGUCUCUCAAUCUCUGUGUGAUGAAAGAGCCGGCGCUGACAAGACUCCAGAUAGUCAGAGAUGAUGGCCAGUCUCCGACUGCGUCAACUGCCCACGUCAAAGGCGUGUGCUCGAUCCUUUCUCAGGAAAACGCACCUUUCAAUCUUGAAGCUGGAACAAGACUGUUCCAGCUGGCGAAUCCUAUCUUGAUGCCUGAGGGUCGAAGUGUGAGAUUGAACAUGUCCUUAUCCACUGAUAUCAUUACUGAUGAAGGGUAA